AUGCUCUUCCGACUCCUCCUUCUCCUAGUCGCCGUGGCCCCUUAUGCCUUCGCUGACGUUGAAUUUACGUCUCCUUCCGCAGGUGCUACAGCAGUGGGAGGUCAAUUGCUGCAGGUUGCAUGGAAAGAUUCCGGGACUUCACCGCCGAUAAGCGAACUUCAAUCAUUCCAAUUGUUCCUCUGCGCAGGAGGCAAUGACGCGGGCAGCUUUAUUCAGUUGACUUCACUCGUGGCCAAUGGAGUAUUCAGUUCUGGAAGUGCAUCGUCAGGAACAGUGCCCGCCAGCAUCGGAGCAAGUGUAAAAAACGCAUACUUUCUGAAGAUGAUUUCUGCCGGCACUGGCGGAACGGUCACUAAUUACUCUAAUCGGUUUUCUUUGAGUGGAAUGACCGGAACCUUUCCUGCCACAGUCACCACUGGUCUCUCAGGACUUUCAGGAACCGAUGGGCCGGCAACGGAGAACAACUUUGCUGCUGCGGGUGCCAAUGCUGCAGGUGCCGGAGGCCCUGUAGCUGCUGGCGCUACCGUACCAUAUACUCUACAAAGUGGACCCAUCCGAUACGCCCCUAUGCAAGGCAAGCCUGGCACGAAGAUCACCGCGAAGAAUGCUAGUCCCCAGUACCCAACGAGUUCUGUGAGUAUCGCCAAGACCUGGCUACCGACGCCAAAGGCGAUUACUACCCAGACCGUCAGUGCAACAUAUAGCACUUCAAGCCACGCGAACACGGCUGCUGCGGCACCUGGACCGAUGAAUGAUAUGCAGAAAUAUUUGGCUCGUUGGAGGGAUUGA